AUGUCUUUCAAUAAUACACCUCUCCAAAAUCAAGAGCAAAAGCCUUGUAUGGAAUAUCCAAUCACACCAAGCCCUUAUGAUAUGAGCCAUCAGAUGCAUAACCAACAGAACCAAAUUCAAACUCCUCAACUCAGCAGUUUCUAUACACAACAACUACCAAUGCUUUUUGAUACAAGCUCGCUAAAUUACACUGAAAAUAUGAUGGCUAUGAGCUAUUGGGCUCAGCAGCAACAUCAACAUUUCAUGACGCCUACAUCGUCGGCUCCCCUGCCAUCUCCAACUUCCACUGAUUCGGGAAUAAGCGCAAGUACUUCACCCGAAUCAUCCUCUCCAGAUCAAAGUUCAGGAGACAGUUUCGGAAAAAUAAGGAAGAAUGAUGAUAUGCUGGAUGACGAAAAAGUUUUCUGCACAGUUCAAGGAAGACUCAACCUUGUAGGGAAUCUCAGAACCUAUAGAGUCACUAAGCCCGAGAUCUUGAGAAGAGUCAACCCUCCUGAGUGUAUGAACAGCAGCACUCUUGCCGCUUAUCUUAGAAAGGCAAAAACCAAAAGUGGUGGCGUUGAAUUGAGACAGCAACUCGAGAAGGAGGGAAUUCGGCUUCCUACCAACCGAAGACGUGCAGCCCCACAUACAGUUUAUUCAGCCAUGACGGAAGAAGAAGCUCAUCAAGCUGGUCUUGAUCUUGAUAUGCUGCUAAGGAGUUUCUUCCCUGUUGAAGAAAUCAGUCAAUACAUUGCUGGUAGAGCUAUGAGCCCACAAGAACGCGAAGAGCGGAAAAGAGAUCUUCUCGGAGUAAUUCGAUUCUCCGAAGAAAUGUCGCAUCUCUUUGAUAAUAUUCAAGUGCCGAUAAUGGGAAAGUCGGUUCAAAACCGUUUCUUCAACGAUCAGAUGCAGCAGAAGAUGGAACAUCUUUCCGCUGUAUCUCACGGUUUUGGAUUAUACAGCACUAAGACCUUCAAGUUCGUUGAUAAAGUGGUAGCUGCUCGUACCCUCCAGCUUUUGGAGCAACCACAGAUAGGAGUUCCUCAAGCUCCUCAGGUCCCUCAAGCCCAGAUGCCUCAUAUGGCGCAAUACAUGCAGGCUAUGCCCAUGAAAUAUGAGUAA